UUAGACUUAUUGAUCAGAAUGGCCGACGAGGAAGAAAAGACGACGUCGUUUAAGAGUUUGGGUCUAUGCGAUGAACUGGUGAAGGCUGUUGACAAACUGAAACUGAAAUGGACAUCCCCUAGAUUCAAGUGGAGACCAUUCCUCACGCCCUUGCAGGCAGGUGUUCCUCACGCUGGCUCAUUCAUCUCGUUGCUUUUUCUUACGUCUCGAAUUAACUCUGAUGUCUUUAUCAGGAAAAGACUUGAUCGCACUUGCCCAAACGGGUAGGGGUAAAACCGGAGACUUUGCUCUUCCUAUACUGCAAGCUCUGAUAGAUUCUCCCCAAAAAGCCUUUUUUGCUUUGGAUCUCUCCCCAACAAAGGAGAUUGCCGUUCAGAUCAGAGACCACUUUGACGCCCUCGGGAAAGACAUUGGUGCCAAAUCUACUUCGCUUAUUGGAGGACUGAACAUGGGGCAAGAAUCUAGGGUUCUUGCAACGCGACCACACGUCAUUCACUGUACGUGGGCGGUGGUGCCUUUCAAUAAUUCAAAUGUUAUCUCAAGGCGGACACAUAAUCUCCCCACUCGCAUUGUCGUUUUGAUCGUCUCCAAUAUUCUACAAAACAGUCCAACACCGCCCCCGGCCUCCGGCGACGAUUCCGGCGAUCCAUCCGAGUCUCCGAUCUUCCCAGGUUCGUACAAUCUCACCAAGAAGUGUACAAUAGCUGGUGGAAUUCAUGGAGGCUUGCAGUUGCAAAUCAGAGAUUGAAUGCACUAGGCAUCAGCAGAUCAGAGAUCAAGGUUGAUGGCGACGACAGAGAGGUUAGACAAGACCAGUGAUAGAGUUAAGAACAGUAGAAUAACCAUGCUGGAAACAGAAGA